AUGGCUGAUUGGCAGCCAAGUGUUAUGGCAUUAGUCUUGGGCUGUCUGCUCUAUUUAAUCAUACCUCUAAGGCCAACAUCUGCCUGGAGCUUACCCAUCCUUCAAUCCUCCAAUCCGAUCCAAGUGGCACCUGUUGCCGCCGCCGCUGCUUCUGCUCUGCCUCGACAGCUAAAUGAAGUCUCGCCAUAUUUAGAUCUGGCCUUGUGCCCCAUACGCGCCGAACCAUGGUCAUGUGCCCGACAGCAAUCGGCCAGGAUUUUGGAUGUUUGGGAUGGUGAACUGAAUGUUCAGUGGCAGAAAUUGAAAGUCGAAGCCGAUCGUCAGCUGAACGCAACGAUUGAGAGGCGUGGCUAUAGCGCCUCCGAGCUGCCAGUAAAGGAGAAGCCAUCGUCGAUAUUGAAGAAAAUUGAGAUCGGCACGAAUUAUAUGAAAGAAUACCUGGCUGAAACGAUGGAUGGUUUCCUUGGCCGCGAAUACGAGUAUUUGCAGACAUCGAAAGCGGCUGCUGCCGAAGAUGAUAGUGAAAACGAUCAGAGCGUCAACAACAAUGUGGACUAUGACGACGAAACGGAUGGAGCGGAGCCAGAGGAAGAUGGCAGUGACACUGGCGAAGACGACGACGACGAUGAAGACGAUGCCGCCGAGGAGGAGGAGGAGGAGGAGGAUGAUGACAAUGACAACGACAACGAUGAAGGCGAGGCAGAUGAGGAUAACUCCAACGGCAGCAGCAGCAGCAGCACAGGUGGCAACCAUCAUGUCGCGGAGGAUGAGGAACAUGAAAGUGAAACCAGUCUGAAAGUGGCCCAAUCUCAAGACGAUGGCAAGAACACAGUUUUCAGUGAGGACAAUGGCUCAUCGAUUGGUGUAGAGUUCAUCGAGCUGGAGGACGAGGCUGGCAAGAAACCAGGCGGUGGGGGAAAACGCAAAAACAAGAACAAAAACAAGAAACAGAAACGCAAGAAGAAGGGUCAACAGCAACAGCAGCAACCAGCCACAUUGGUUGUGGUCCAGGCGGCACCCGAACAUCAUGAAGUUGACUCUGGCCAUGAGAGUGAGCCCACCUUUGUCAGUCAUGGCGGAAGCAGCGGUGGCGGAGGAGGACAUGGCGGAGGAGGUCAUGGCGGAGGUGGCCAUGGAGGCGGCGGCGGUCUCAAACCUUUCAAGCGUCGCCAAAAGGGCGGCAAGGGCAAACGCAAGCGCAAGGGCCAACAAUCGACUGUGGUGGUCGAGGAAGAGUCCAGCGAUCUUCUGGGCGGCUUGGGGCUGCUCGACGAAUUGGCCGAUGUCGAUGAUGUCCUGCUAGCCGGCGGCGUCGGUGGAAAACGCAAACAUAAGAAUCCAACAAAAUAUGGUAGAAGUAACGGAGUUACCCGCGGCAAGAAGAAGAAGAAGAAGAAGGCUUUGAUGAAAUUGGUGUUGCUUGGCUCGUUUUUGAAGGCGAAAAUCGAAUUAUUGCUUAAGAUAUUGGGCGCCCAUUUGCAAAUAAAAUUCUUUGCCAUAGCGUUAAUCGGUCUGUUGAUCAAUAUAGCGCGUUUCUGGAUUGAUGUCAAGCGGGGCGGUUCACCAUCUAAGGUUGUAUACGUUGAACAUGCCCAUCAUCAGCACCAUUAUGAGGAUCAUGGCGACGACUGGAGCGAGCCGGGUGGCAGCUAUUGGAAGCGAUCCCUGCAGACGGAUCCCUCAGUGGAGGAGAUUGACUCGUCCACCGAUAGCUAUCAGGUCCGUCCACAGCAGCAGCAGGCCCAAGAUGCCCAUUAUCUGGCCUAUCGCAAUCAAUAUCAAUGGCAAUAAAAUGCAGAAUGAGCAACCGCAAUCAAUAGAUCGAGA